CCCCCACCCCCACCCCCAUCCCCACCACCCCCACCACCCCAAACAACCCAGCUCAACCACGUCGUUUUCGGCAUCGCCGCCUCCUCCAGCCUAUGGCCCACCAGAAAGGAAUACAUAAAGCUAUGGUGGAAACCAAACCAAACCCGAGGCGUCGUCUGGCUCGACAACAACGUCAGGGUCACGCCGCCGGAGAAGAGCCGCCUCCCGGAGAUUCACAUCUCCGGCGACACCGCGAAGUUCGACUACACCAACAAGCAGGGCUCCAGAUCGGCACUGAGGAUCUCGAGGGUAGUUUCGGAAACUCUUAGAUUAGGGAUGCGUGACGUCAGAUGGUUCGUUAUGGGGGAUGACGACACGGUUUUCGUGGUGGAGAAUCUUCUGAGGGUGCUGGAGAAAUACGACCACACGCAGUAUUACUACAUCGGGAGCUCGUCGGAGAGCCACAUACAGAAUAUUCUCUUCUCUUACACGAUGGCGUACGGCGGAGGAGGGUUCGCGAUAAGCUAUCCUCUGGCGAAGGAGCUGGAUAAAAUGCAGGAUAAGUGUAUCCAGCGUUAUCCUGGAUUGUAUGGGAGUGAUGAUAGGAUUCAAGCUUGCAUGUCUGAGCUUGGUGUUCCUCUCACCAAAGAAACUGGUUUUCAUCAGUACGAUGUAUACGGAAAUUUAUUAGGCCUUUUAGGGGCCCACCCAAUAACCCCACUAGUCUCUCUCCACCACCUGGACGUAGUUGACCCGAUAUUCCCGGGCAUGACCCGAGUCAAAGGCCUGUACAGACUGUUCGAAUCGGUCGAGCAAGACUCGGCCAGCAUAAUCCAGCAGUCGUUCUGCUACGACAAGGACAAGUACUGGUCGAUCUCCGUCUCGUGGGGAUACGUGGUCCAGAUCAUGAGGGGGGUCAUCUCCCCCCGUGAGCUGGCAAUGCCCACGCGCACGUUCCUCAACUGGUACAAACGGGCCGACUACACGGCAUACGCGUUCAACACUAGGCCCGUGGCCAGGCACCCUUGUCAGAAGCCGUUCUUGUUUUACUUGAGCUCGACAAAGUACGAUGAGAAGAGGAGGCAGAUCAUCGGGGUUUACUCGAGGUAUAAAGAAGCGCAUCCUUAUUGCCGGUGGAAGAGCAAUUCGCCUGAAAAAGUCACGUCCGUUGUUGUUUUGAAACGGUCCGAUAGUAGCCGGUGGGACAGGGCACCGAGGAGGGACUGCUGUAGAGUUUUGCCUUCGAGAAGGAGCUCGGUUAUGUACUUAUGGGUGGGAAAUUGCAGAACCGGUGAGAUAAGUGAAUUGUAGUUUCCAAAAACG